GAUGAAGGUUCAGCGUGAAUAUGGCGCAGAGAGCACGAGCAGCGCGCUCGUGAGGGCUUCAGUGAGACUGAUACGCGCACUUAGCCCGCUGAAGCUAACUUUACUCUCAAGAAACUUAACCGACCAUAUGAAGUUUAUUUUUCAGCGAACACUCUUCUCACCACAGGUCUGAUGAUCUACUGCAGCCAUGUUCAGCAAGAAGAAAAAGCAACGUGUCCAGAUCUCGGCACCCUCCAACUUUGAGCAUCGUGUCCACACUGAUUUUGAUGAGCAUGAGCAGAAGUUCGUGGGGCUUCCGCGCCAAUGGCAGAGCCUUAUUGAGGACACGGCCAAGAGGCCCAAACCUUUCAUCGACGCCACAGUCAUCACUACUGUAGAGCCACGCAAGGCAAUCGUGCGGGGUCGUAAGAUCGGUGACGAUGGCUCUCUCACGUGGCUCCUGGAUGAGUUUGAGACCAUGUCGGUGAUCCGCUCAAACUCUCUGCGGAGAGGCAGCCCACCACCACCACCACCACCACGCAGAGACUCCGGAUCAUCAGUAGGGGGCCACGAGAACGGAGAAUACCCCCAAUACAGACAUCCUGAUCGCUAUGGAGACAGCAAAGAGAGGGAGAAACCACGUCAGGAGCACCCAAGUGCUGAUCCCAGACAGUCUCAGCGACCAGCCCGUUCAUCCAGAGAGGACAGCAGGCCUCACCAGCAGCCUCGCGGUCAGGAGCCCAACAGACACAAAGAGCCUGACUGGUCAGGAGGGCCAGCUGCACCGCCCCAGCACAGAGAACGAGACAGGGAACCACGUGAUCAUCAUGAUCAGGUAGUAAGGAGAGAGGGGGCCAAUGAUAGGAGGCCCAAAUCCAGCUACACUGGAAGAGACAGUAGCCCACAGACACCCCGUGAGAAGAGACCGCUGUCUGGGCCAAAUAUCCGCACCCCUAACCUACCUGUUACAGAGGGAGUAAUAAAGACUGCACAGCAGACUGGCCGACCUUUCAACACAUACCCACGUGCUGAAAGUGACUCUGGAAGAAGCCCCAGCGGUCAGGAUUUAAAACCAGCCAAAUCUCAUGAGCCUUCCCAACACAACGACCACUCUACUGGGGCAGUCCGGGGAGGCAGCAGCGGCAGUAAAACUUCUUCUCAGGGGCAACACAGAGCAGAGCCCCAGCAUCACGCCUCCCAUCCAGCCUUAGGCCCUGAGCCUCCUCACAACCAGCAGAUUCCCCCGGCACCAAAACCAUCCGCCCCGACUGCACCACCCCAGCAGGCGCGCUCACCUCAGAGGGAGCCACAGCGGGUCUCCCACGAGCAGUUCCGUGCUGCUCUACAGAUGGUGGUUGACCCUGGGGACCCACGCACUUAUCUGGACCACUACAUCAAGAUUGGGGAAGGUUCCACUGGCAUUGUUUGUAUUGCUACAGUGAAGACCACUGGCAAGCUGGUGGCUGUGAAGAAGAUGGAUCUGCGAAAACAGCAGCGACGAGAAUUGCUGUUUAACGAGGUGGUGAUCAUGCGGGACUAUCACCAUGAGAACGUGGUGGAGAUGUACAACAGUUACUUAGUGGGCGAUGAGCUCUGGGUUGUCAUGGAGUUCCUUGAGGGUGGAGCUUUAACUGACAUAGUCACACAUACCAGGAUGAAUGAGGAGCAGAUCGCCACUGUGUGUCUGUCUGUUCUGAAAGCGCUCUCGGUUCUUCACUCCCAGGGAGUCAUUCACAGAGACAUUAAGAGUGAUUCUAUUCUUCUCACCCAUGAUGGCAGAGUGAAGCUGUCAGACUUUGGCUUUUGUGCCCAGGUCUCUAAAGAGGUACAGCGCAGGAAGUCUCUUGUAGGAACACCCUAUUGGAUGGCCCCUGAGCUCAUCUCAAGACUCCCGUAUGGACCAGAGGUGGAUAUUUGGUCACUUGGCAUUAUGGUGAUUGAAAUGGUAGAUGGAGAGCCGCCGUACUUCAAUGAGCCUCCUCUCAAGGCUAUGAAAAUGAUCCGAGACAAUUUGCCACCCAAGCUCAAAAACCUCCACAAGGUCUCGCCACUUCUCAAGGGAUUCUUGGACAGGAUGCUCGUGCGAGAUCCUGCCCAGAGGGCCACAGCUCAAGAGCUGCUAAAGCAUCCCUUCCUGAGUAAAGCAGGCCCUCCCUCUUGCAUUGUUCCCCUCAUGAGACAAAACCGCAUGAGAUGAGAAGAGAAAUCAGGGCGGGAUCUGUCAGGCCCUCUACUGAGCUCAAAACAAAGACCCAGAUCUGUACUCUACACACUUUAAACAUCUGAAAUGAUUGUACAGGUCAAGAAUUUUAGGAGAAAAGGCCAUUGAUGCUACGAAUGUUGAGAGGCCUUUUUGAAACACACAUUUUUACCACUGUUUUUUUUUACACCUAUAGAGUUCACCCCGUUUGGUGACAUGAAAAAGACAUGAUUAGAUCCUUCACAGUGUUCUGCUCGAAGAGGUUUUCCUCUCUGGCUAACUCAGAAACACCAGAACAUGUGUUCUCAGUGGUUUUAUGCUUGACCUCUAAGACUGCUUUUGGGUGAACCGAGUUAAGGAGGAUUAGACAUUAUGAAAACGAACCACUUGCAGAUUCUAAUCUGCCCUCAAUGUAAAGCAACAAUUUGAUGGAUUUGUUCCAAACCUCAAGCUUUUUUUCCUGCACUUCAUCUUUUGCACCAGGACCACACUACUCAUUAAUCCAUUUGAACAGGAAAACAACUACUGAAGAAAACCUUUUACUUUAUAAAAAAAAAAAAAAAAAAAAAAGACUAUAAGAAACUCUAGGCUCCUGUUACAACACUAAGCAAUGGUAAACACUGGAGGUGUUUUGUUUCAGACCUUUUUUAAUUUUGUUUUAAUGAAAGUAGAGAGCUAUAUCGGUUUUGUUUUCAUAGUGUGUUUUGAGUGACAGUGUGAUAGUUUAAAACACUGUUCUGAGAUUGAGCUGCACUCCAAUAUGAAGCUUCCUCCUUUGAUUCAUUGUUCCACUUUUUUAAUAUAAUAAAGGGGGGGAAGGGU